AUGGAACCGGGCGCAAUCCGUAUCUACACUGACGGAAGUGGCAUCAAUCGUUGGUGCGGCUGCGUUUGCUCUGGCCUCCAAUUCGACACUAUCAGUACGAAAUGGAUUCAGUACAUGGGCACCUCCGACGUAUCCACGGUAUACACGGCAGAGCUUCGUGGACUUGUUCUGGCUCUGCAGCUGGUACUCAACGUGCACAAGACAGGAGACAAUCCCGGCCGGUGUGCCAUUUUCACCGACAACCAGGCGGCACUUCAGGCCCUCCAAAACCCAAAAUGUCCAUCCGGUCAGUAUAUCCUCAUCGAGGCGGUACAGGCCCUGGAUGAGCUUCGGCGCCUGAAAUUGAGCAUCCAAUUUCGGUGGAUUCCCGCACAUGUCGGAGUGCCUGGAAAUGAGGCUGCCGACCAAGCAGCCAAAGAAGCCGCGGAUCCAAAUCUGGCGCAACCGGACACCACGGUACUCCGGACACUCCUAGCCACGACAAGGACCAAUAUUCGACAAGCGAUGAAAGCAUAA